AUGAAAAAUAGACUGAUGCUUCCUUUUGCAUUUGAAGCAAAAUUGCUGUCAGAACAAAAUGAAUCGAAUAUUCCAAGUAGUAAAAUUCAAAGUAGCAAAUUAAUGUAGUAUCGAUCAUCUCCAUUCUAAGCUGAUUAUUGGUGUUUGCCAACUAAUGACCGAAAAUAAUUAAAUUAUGAAAAGAAAAAUGUUUUUAUAAGAAAGUUUAUUGAUAACAUGCUUAUUCACAUUAGAAAAGUAAAGAGAUUGACAAACUUUCAUUUAUCAUUGAUUGGUGAUCAGGGGGCUUCUGAAGAUGUUCUUACAAAGAGAAAAUCUUCUACACUACAUCACUUAAAUUAAUAAUAAUUAAGGUUUUUUUAGGAUAUUAAAAAAUCCAUAAUAAUUAAAUUGGAAAAGUUACCUCUUAUUCACCCUGGCUAGUACAUGAAAGUAGUAUGGGAUAUUGUAGCUGUAACUGCUCGUCUCUACUUUUUAUACAUAAUACCUAUUGAUUUGGCAUGGGUCGACCAAUAAUUCAUUUUUCAUGAUAUGCAGUACAUUUCAAUAAUGUUCUUACUCAUCUUAGUUUUUGAUUUGCUACUAAGUCUAAACACAAUAUACUUUCAAAAUGGAGAGGCUGUGUAAUUUAGAGUUCAGAUCAUCAAAAACAGUUUAUAUAAUACAUAUGGGUUGCAAUGGCUGUCAGUUUUAUAAUUACUUAUUUAUUUCAUAGUUUCUGCAUUUACAGAAAUAUCUUUGGACAUUUCCAACAACUUAAUUAAUAUAGGUUUGCUCAUAUUUUUAGUGCAUCACAAGACAAUUAUCAAUUAUGUCACCAAUUAUGAAGAAGGCUUGAAUUUAUCAAAGCAAACAUCAUCCAUCUUGGCUUUACUAAAGCUGAUUGCAUUCUUAUUCUAUGUUAUACACCUAUUCUCUUGUUUCUGGUUUUGGGUAAUCCUAUUCAAUAACAAUUUUAGAUUGGUAAAUAUAGCAUAGAUAAUUAUGAAGGCAGGAGUUGGCUAGUCUCUACCAACAUGUUGGAAUAAUCAUGGAAUACUUAAUAUCUCCAGGCUUUCUAUUAUACAGCUGUCACCAUAUUUACUGUUGGCUAUGGAGAUGUAACGCCCUAGUCAAAUAUCGAAAAGAUAGUCUCAGUUAUCCUAAUUAUGAUAUCCAGCAUCCAAUUGCCCUAUAGUGUCAACACAGUAGGUACAAUCAUUACUGAGAUGGCUGCAUUUACAGAAGAGAAGAAAAGAAAAUUAAGAAUUAUUAACUCAUAUAUGAAUAAGACUUCACUCUCAUCUGGUCUAUAAGUUUAAGUGAGGAAGUAUUUAUCUUAUUAUUGGGAAAAUAAAGUGGUCUCCCAAUCCGAAGAGGAGAAAGAAAUUAUCGAUUCUUUAUCAGAAUUCUUAAGACAAUCUUUAAUCAGUGAAGCCCAUCAGAAGAUUUUUGACUAGUGUACUUUAUUUAGGAUACCUUUUACCGAAUAAUUCAAGAAACAACUAAUUAAGGAAGUUUAAGAGGUUCUUCUGUCUCCAGAACAAGAUUUGAAAUAGCCCAAUGAUAUUUUAUUGUAUUAUAUAGAGGAUGGAUCGAUUUAGAUCUGUUUAUAAUAAGGGAGAAAAAUCAAUCUUGGGAUUGUCAACAAAGGAGCUUCGAUUGGAGUAAAGAAUUUCAUAUUGGGAACAGAAUCUCUCGAAACUUUUAAAAGUGUUGGAUUCACUAAAGCUAUGAUACUCAAAAGAAAGAGUUUUUUAAAAAUCUUACAAGAGCACCCUGAAGAUUACGAAUUGUUUUGUUCCAUUAGAGACAAACUAAUAUUUUAAGGAGACGAUCAAUAUUUUAAUGUUAAAUGCUUUUCUUGUGGAAAAGAUACUCAUAAACUUAUUGAAUGUCCUUUGAUUAAGUUUGUUCCUGAUAGAGAGUUCUUAAUUAAGAAAUACUUAUAUCCUAAACUGUAAGAGAGAGUGGAAUUUAAAAGGAACAGACAUAAAAUUCAAAGUUUAAAUUAAAAUCGAAAAAAAUUAGAAUAGUGUGCUCUAUUAAUCCAGAAGGACGACCCUUAACUAUUCUAAUUAUAUAAAUUCGAUAACAUACUGAACAUUGAUGAAGAUCAGUUAAAGCUUUAUAUAAAGAGAUCCAAUACCACACAACUUAUAAAUCAUCAUAUUCCAAAAAUUAAGAAAAAGAUGAUCUCUAUUUUUGAAUAGAAUCAAGAUCCUAUACGGAAGAGAUUUCGAUAAUUAGUAAAUAAAUUAAUAUCUAUAAAUAAAAUAUACCCUUAUUUCUUAAUUUAAACUUAUGUUUAAUUUGAAAAGAUGAUUGAGUAAAGGUCUAUUUAAUAAACUUUGUAAAUUUUAGAAUAAAGAUUAAAAAAUAUCCAUUAAUUAGAUAACAAACGAUUCAAUCAAUAUCUUUGUGAUAUUAACUUUAUCAUAUAGAAACUAUCAAAUAAAACAUAUAUUGACGAUUAAGAAUUUGAGAGUCCUUAGACUUAUAAAUAUUAUUUUAGAAAAGAUAAUUUUUCAAUUGUCAAAUAGAAGAACUAUUUCUAAAAUCUAAGCAUCUUAAGAAAGUUUAUUCAGUAUGUCCAAUAUCCAGGAGAUCUAAUCUAACAAUUCAAGCUAACUUAAAUAGGAAUGUUUAUAGUUGCAAAUAAGAGAAGAUAAAACUUUUGUGUCUCUGCAGAUUUGGUAAUUAAAUGA